UUCCCUUCGGUGUACACUGGUUUAUUAUAUAGUUACAAAAUAAUGAAACAAUUUUUGUCAAGAAUGGAGUGGCCUAGUUUUGUGAAAGCUUUGCUGUGGGGUUUACUUGUGUUUCUUCAAUUUCAUCAGCACAGAGGCUGCUUCCAUGAAGAGAGGAUUGCUCUGCUUGAGCUGAAGGCGUUUCUGAAAUCCAAUAUUAUUCAUGCAGAUGUUCUUCCCUCAUGGAUGGACGACGCAAAGAGUGAUUGUUGUCGUUGGGAGAGGGUCACGUGCAACUCCACCAACUCUCACGUCAUCAACCUUUCCCUCUACAACUUAAACCAUGAUCCUAAUUACUAUGAAAAUCGUGAUCACUAUUAUACAUUCCAGAUGAAGAUAGUUAUUAUGAGAACCGUUGGUUGCUAAACGUGUCAAUGUUGGUGCCAUUGAAGGAGCUAAAAAGUCUUAAUCUAUCCGCCAAUUCAAUUGGUGGUUGCCUACCAAAUGAAGGAUUUGAGAAGAUGUCAAGCUUAAGGAAUCUGAGAAUUCUAGACCUUGGUUAUAACUACUUUGAUAAUACUAGUAUUCCACAGUCUUUGGGUGCAGUGACAUCGCUUGAAACUUUGAUUCUUACUGAGAAUAAGUUGCAAGGAUACUUUCCUGCUCAAGAGUUAAUUGCAUUGAGAAACUUGAACAAGCUAGAUAUAAGCUGGAAUUACUAUAAUGGUUCCCUACCACUGCAAGGUUUUGAAAGGCUAGUACUACUUCCAAAGUUGGAGAUAUUGAACCUUGGUUAUAAUUCCUUUGAUUGUAGCAUUAUACCAUCUCUAAGUGGACUUGCGUCUCUUAACACAUUGAGUCUUAGACGAAAUUAUUUGGGAUGGUGCAAUACAACUACAGGUUUUGAAAGCUUGUCAAGAUUGGAGAACCUGGAGACCUUAGAUCUUAGUGACAACAAUUUAAACAGAAGCAUCAUAGAAUCAUUGUCUGCAAUCAAAUCCCUUAAGAAUCUGAAUCUUAAAUGGAACGAAAUAAGAGGAUCUUUUCCAAUCAAAGAAAUAUCGGCUUUUGCAAACUUGGAGAAGUUGGAUUUAAGUGAUAAUAAGCUCAAUGGCUCCCAGACAAUCCAAGGUUCGGAAAGCUUGUCAAGAUUGGAGAAUUUAGAAACCUUAGAUCUUAGUGCCAACUAUUUCGACAAAAGCAUCAUUGAAUCAUUGAGCGCAGUCAAAUCCCUUAAGAAUUUGAAUCUUGCUUGGAAUUUUAUGGGAGGAUCCUUUCCUGCCAAAGAAUUAUCAGCUUUUGAAAACUUGGAGAAGUUGGAUUUGUCUGGGAAUAAUUUCGAUGGCCCCCUAACAAUCCAAGUAGGUUUGUCUAAUUCCCGUAUUUCUCCAUAUAUCGGGGCACUAUCUUCUUUAAAGGCUAUAUCAUUAGCUUACAAUUCUCUCAAUGGCACUCUUCCAAAAGAUUUGUGCUCACUCAAGAAGCUUCAAGAGUUAGAUCUUUAUGGUAAUCUCUUUGAAGGGAUCCUUCCAACAUGCCUAAACAAUUUGACAUCUCUUAGAUUGUUAGAUAUAUCUAGGAAUCGAUUCGUUGGAAACAUCUCUUCAUAUCUGAUAGCCAGCCUCACAUCACUUGAGUACAUUGAUCUCAGUUAUAACCAAUUUGAGGGUCUAUUCCAAUUCAACAUAUUUGCUAAUCACUCUAAGCUUAAGGCGAUUCUAUUAGCAAGUGAAAACAACAAGCUUGAGAUAGAAACUGAAAUAUCUGCGGGUUGGGACUUCUCAUUUCAGUUAAUGAUACUUGUGCUAUCUAACUGUAAUUUGAACAAGCUCACAGGAAACAUUCCCAAGCUUCUCCUUGACCAGCGCGAAUUGGAAAUAAUUGAUUUGUCUCACAAUAACUUGAAUGGAAGCUUCCCUAUUUGGUUGAUUGAAAACAACACAAGACUACGAAAGCUAAAUCUUCAGAAUAAUUCUUUCAUGGGUAAAUUUCAUUUGCCACCAAAUCGAUGCAAGAGUAUUCUGUAUAUGGAUGUCUCUGACAAUCACUUAGGUGGGCAACUUCAAGAGAAUAUUGGAAAGAUAACUCCGAACUUAAAAUAUCUAAAUCUAUCUCGAAAUCAUUUUGAAGGUUAUCCUCCGUCCUCAAUUGUUGACAAGAGUCAUUUGCUGCAGCAUUUGGACUUGUCCUUUAAUGAUUUCUCGGGAAAGGUACCAACAAAAUUGAUUGCUAGUCGCACCAACUUGUUUAGUUUGAAGUUAUGCAAUAAUCAGUUCACAGGAUUUGAUCUACCGGCUGCACCUUCUAAAGAGUUUGGAUGGUCUGAAAUGAGGUUUUUGGAUAUUAGCAACAAUAAAUUGUCAGGAAUGAUUCCUAGAUGGAUAGGAAACAUGACAAGUUUGCAAAGUCUUGUAGUGAGUAACAAUUCUUUUGAAGGUCAGAUUCCUUGUGGACUACCAAAUUCCCUGCAAUUAGUAGACCUUUCUCAUAACUCACUUUCGGGAUCGUUACCUUCUUGCUUGAAUCUACAGAAUAUUGAGCACUUGUAUUUGCAAGGAAACAAACUUACAGGACCUAUACCAAAAUCUAUUUUCAAUUCAUCGUCUCUUUUGACAUUGGACCUUAGAGAUAACAACUUUUUUGGCAGCAUCCCAUAUCAAAUCAGUGCACCUCCUAACUUAAGAAUACUUUUGAUGGGGGGAAACAAUUUCAGUGGUAUAAUUCCAAAUCAACUAUGUUGGUUAAAGAAGAUAGGCCUAAUGGAUCUUUCCAAGAACUCUCUUUUUGGAACAAUACCGCACUGCUUUCACAACAUGUCCUUUGGAAAACUAUAUGUUAAAGAUUUUCUCUAUGGAUCAUAUAGCAACCAUUCAAUUCGUCAGUUCCUGGGAGUUGGUUCCACAUUCGAAACACUCAACAUAUGGAAUUAUGGAAAAGAUUACAUAAACAUAGUAUAUGGUCAACAAGUUGCGGUUGAAUUUGUAACAAAAUACAGGUCUAACUCCUACCAUGGUGACAUCCUUAAUUACAUGUCUGGAUUGGAUUUGUCAUGCAACAAGCUAACAGGUAGAAUCCCACAGGAACUAGGAAAGCUAUCUUCAAUUCAUGCAUUGAACUUGUCUCACAAUCAAUUGACAGGUUCCAUUCCACAAACAUUCUCAAAUUUGACCAAGUUGGAGAGUUUAGACCUUUCUCACAACAAAUUGAGUGGAAAAAUUCCUUCAGAAUUGAUUGAUCUAUACUCUCUAGAAGUGUUUACUGUGGCUUACAACAACUUAUCGGGUAAACUUCCAGAUAUGAAAGCACAAUUUGGAACAUUUGAGAAGAGUUGUUAUGAAGGAAAUCCAUUUCUUUGCGGAGAACCAUUAGAUAAUAACUGCACUAGCGAGGACGAGUCACAUCCAUCACCAGCAAAAUCUUCAAAUGCAAGUGAAGGGCAAUGGUAUGAAGUAGAUCCUCAGGUUUUCUUUGCAAGCUUUAUUGGAUCUUAUAUUAUUUUCUUCUUGGGUGUAGCUUGUCUUCUUUAUAUUCAUCCUUAUUGGCAACAACGGUGCGUUAAUUUAAUUGAAGAUUUGAAGUACCGGUGUUAUUAUCCUGUUUUUGAUACCUUAAAAAGAUUGUCAAACUGUUUAGAAUCUUAGAUAUAUUGAGAUUCCAAGGACAUCUUUGGUGGUAGUGAUCAUAGCCGUACAUUUGAUUAUGAAUAAUGGUUAUUGUGGUCUAAUAUAAGACAAGGUGUUCACUUGCA